AUGACGACCUCUCCGACCUCGACCGCCACCACCCGCGACGAGAUGGAGGUCGAGAAGAAACCCGGUACAGUCAUUACAUGUACGCCGGACGACUACUCGCCGUGCACGUCUGUCCAAACCGAAGACAAAUUCUACGAAGAACGGCCGCUGCCGCCGGUUGACAGGGGCAAGGAAGCAUGGCUGCUGCUGGCGGCCUGCUUUGUGCUCGAAGCAGUCGGAUGGGGGUAUAUCAUACUUGACCUGCCCCUUCGUGAUGAUAGGCAUGCUUCUCUUCCCACGCGCACAACGUUGGAUAUCGACGGCAGGCGUCUUGAUCAUGUCCGUGGCUCUGGCUCUCGGCUCCUUCUCUACAUCCAUCACUCACUUGAUCCUAUCGCAAGGGGUGGCAUAUGGUGUCGGAUGUGCGGUCGCCAAUGCGCCAUCCGUCUUCUUUGUGCCGGACUGGUUUGUUAA